AAUUACCGUAUUUAUUCAUUGGCCAGAAACUACUCAGGGGAAGGACCAGAACAUGGCUGGAGAGGCAGGAGCCAACUGCAAGUUAAAAAAAAAAAAAAAAAAAGGCUGGUAACUGAUGGUCCUGAGAGGUAAGAAAAGCAACACGGUUCGACAUCAUCUCAGCUGUUAAAAUAAUGUAGCUCCCUUCUAUCCCUCCCCGCCUUUUUGGCUUGCCACUGCAGCAAAUCUUGGGGGAAGAGGGCGUAGGGACAAGAAUUGCCCGGGAAGGAAGCGGGCGGAACGCCGCAUGCAGGUCCGAGGGCCGCGCCGCUCGUCCCCUUCCCUUGCCCAAGUUGCUGCAUCACGACACCUGCUCGUCCCCUCCGCGCUAUUCUCACUCGCCCCGUAGCUCUAACACCACCCCCGCCCUGCUACGCCACGCCCCGUCCCGGUCCGGUCCUCUCGGGAGCUGAAGGAAACAUCUGCUCCCUCGCUUCCCCCCUCCCGCCCGCAUGCGCGCUCUUUUAACUCUGCCCUCCCCCUGCUCAUUCGCCUCCCGCCUCCCCUGUGACGGCAGGGGCUGCAGCUGCUGGGCAGGAAGAGUGUGGCCGGGUCUCGACGUCAUCCUGUGCAGUGCGCGGGGCAUUGAAAGGUGAAUGGCAGAGAGGGCGAGAAGAGCGCGAGCGACUGUCAGCCCAGCCUGCAGCAGCAGCAGCAGGAGGAAGAAGGCGGCGCCGUGGUUUGCUUUUGCUCUUCCCAGGAGGGGCGCCCGCAGAUAAUGGAGCGGAGGCGGUAGGAAGGUGUCGCGGGGGAGGCAGCAGCAGCAGCAGCAGCAGCAACGCCGGAACAAAAAGCGGAGUCACUGCGCCGUGUCUUCCCUUCGCCUCCAGCAAUGUGAGGAAAGAAGUGCCGUGACCGCCGCUGCGUGACCGCUCGACCGCCGGUUCCUUUCAGGGGCAGGGGGCAGUGCCGCCCCCCCCCCGCUGCUCCUAACCAUUCCGACGAGGCAGGCGAUUCCCUUCAUCACCGCCCGCCCUGCCCCCCCCCUCCCGCAAAGCUAUGAGCCAUGAAGCCGCCUGGCAGAAGUUCUCUGCGGCAGCCCUUUUCUGGCAACUGCCGGCACCGCCGGUCCUCUAACGCUUCCUUCUCAGCCUGCCUGGCGCGGCUGCCUCUGCUCGGCUUCUUCCACCGUUUCCUUUUGGCGUUCCUGCUGCUCUGCUGGGGACGCCCAGAGAGCUGUGGGGUCAUUGCGGACACCGCUAUCCAUUGGAAUGAAACUCUGGAAAAAACAGAAACCAUACUGGCAAAUGAAGACACUGCAUUUCAACAGAGUAACAAUAGUAGUAGCAAAAAUAACAAUUACAGCAGUGCAUUCCAAAAAGAAAUCACAUUGCCUUCAAGACUUGUUUAUUAUUUGAACAAAGACUCUGAAAGUCCUUACCAUAUUUUGGAUACUAGGACAAGAUACCAGCAAAAACACAGUAAGGCUGUGCAUCUAGCUCAGGCAAGUUUCCAGAUUGAAGCUUUCGGUUCUACAUUUAUUCUUGACCUCUCCCUGAACAAUGACUUAUUAUCUGCUGAUUAUGUGGAAAUUUAUUAUGAAGAUGACAGACCACAAUAUUCAAAGGGAGGGGAACACUGCUAUUAUCAUGGAAGCAUCAGAGGCAUUCCAAAAUCCAAAGCUGCUAUUUCUACCUGUAAUGGACUUCAUGGCAUGUUUGAAGACAAUACUUACAUCUACCUGCUAGAACCUUUGGAGAUAACUCACAGCAUGAGCAGUACAGGUAGACUACAUGUCAUUCGAAGAACAUUUGGAUCAAAUGCCUUCAGUCAGUUGGAAGAUCUUGAUACCGAUUCCACAUCUGAUUGGUCCUUCCUGUCUGAGUUGCAGUGGCUAAGAAGGAGAAGAAGGGCUGCAGUGCGUGGCAUCUUUGAAGAAAUGAAAUACCUGGAACUCAUGAUUGUUAAUGACCAUAAAAUGUUCAAAAAACAUCGUUCAUCCCAUAGUAAUACGAAUAACUUUGCGAAAUCGGUGGUAAAUCUCGUGGAUGCUAUUUACAAGGAGCAACUAAACACCAGAGUUGUUCUAGUUGCCGUUGAAACCUGGUCAGACAGAGAUCGCAUUCAUGUCCACUCGGAUCCACGGCAGAUGCUUCAUGAUUUUUCCCGAUAUCGACAGAACUUCAUCAAGCAACGUGCUGAUGCUGUACAUCUCCUCUCGAAUGUGACAUUUCAUUAUAAAAGAAGUAGCCUAAGCUAUUUUGGAGGAAUUUGUUCAGUGGCUAGAGGUGUUGGAGUAAAUGAGUAUGGGCUUUCCUGGGCAAUAGCACAAGAAUUGUCCCAAAGUUUGGCUCAGAAUCUAGGGAUACAAUGGGAGCCAGCAUCCAGAAAACCAAAAGGGUGUGAUUGUACAGAAUCCUGGGGUGGAUGCAUCAUGGAGGAAACAGGUGUCUAUCACUCCAGAAAAUUCUCAAAGUGCAGCAUUGCUGAAUACAGAGAUUUUUUACUCCGAGGAGGAGGUUUUUGUCUUUUCAACAGGCCUACAAAGUUAUUUGAUGCCACUGAAUGUGGAAAUGGGUAUGUGGAACCAGGCGAAGACUGUGACUGUGGUAUCCAAACGGACUGCCAUGUAGACUGCUGUAAAAAAUGUUCCCUUUCUAAUGGAGCUCAUUGCAGUGAUGGUCCAUGUUGUAAUGAAACCUGCCUUUUUUUUCCACGUGGCUUUGAGUGUCGCUAUGCAGUGAAUGAAUGUGAUAUUACAGAAAUCUGUACUGGUGACUCCGGCCAGUGCCCACCAAAUCUUCAUAAGCAAGAUGGAUUUGCUUGUGAUUCAAAUCAGGGACGUUGCUACAAUGGAGAGUGUAAGACAAGAGAUAAUCAGUGCAAAUACAUCUGGGGCAAUAAGGCUUCAGGGUCUCACAAACACUGUUACGAGAAGCUCAAUACAGAAGGUACACAGAAAGGGAACUGUGGAAAAGACGGAGACAAAUGGAUUCCUUGCCACAAACACGAUGUGUUCUGUGGAUUAUUGCUUUGUGCAAAUCUUGAUGGGGUUCCACGAAUUGGUCACCUUCAGGGAGAAAUUAUUCCAACUUCUUUUUUCCACCAAGGUGUUGUAGUGAACUGCAGUUGUGCGCAUGUACUUUUAGAUGAUGAAACAGAUUUAGGAUAUGUAGAAGAUGGGACUCCUUGUGGUCCUAAUAUGAUGUGUAUGGACCGAAGAUGCCUCUCUAUUCAGUCCUUGAACAUAAGCAGCUGUCCUAUGGAUGCUAAUGGAAAAGUUUGUUCGGGACAUGGGGUGUGCAGUAAUGAAGCCACCUGCAUUUGUAACACUACUUGGGCAGGUACAGAUUGUAGCAUGUUUGAUCCUAGAAGGAAAGAUGACUCUGAGAAACCAAGUGGACCAAAGGGUCCUAGUGCCACCAAUCUUAUAAUAGGUUCCAUCGCUGGUGCCAUCCUGGUAGCAGCUAUUGUCCUUGGGGGGACAGGAUGGGGCUUUAACUGAUGGCCAUUCUUUUUCUCCUCAUUCACUAAGCUCCAGGUAGCAACCAUGGUGACUCUCACACAGCAGGAUAAUGGUACUGCAUGGAAGGACCUUUAGAUCGAUGACAUAAAUUACUUGCUAAUUUUGAAGAGCAUUUGCUUCAUUCCUACCACAGGCGUUCUUUGCCUUCUUUGUGGAAGGGUUGUUUUUUCAUUACAGUCUCAAAGAUGUGUAUUUUCAUAGUUUGAUCUGAUCCAAGUAUUUUUUGUAUUUUGCUUUUUGGUGUUCAUGGAAUGUUUAUCAAAUUCUGUCUUUGAAACCACACAUUAUAAGAUUAUUUUAAUAAAGUUUGGUAUAGCAAAAUUAUCUAGCAAGACAUUCUAAGUAAACAUAGUUGUGGUAGAUUACUUCCUAUCUGCAUAUCUUAAUUAGUUGUAAUAAAAUGAAAAUAAAAUCAGUUUUUAUGAGGGCUGAAUUCACAUUAAUAAACUAUCCAAGAUAUUUAAAGAAUUGCUGACUGCAAAUUUCAUUUAUGGGUUGAUAUAGUCAUAUUCUUGUAUUGAUUGAACAUAAAUUGUAAAACCAUAAAAAUGAGUAUUGUAAUCUUUGUCAAUAUUUUUUGAAGUCUGAACUCAUGCAGUAUUUUUUUCUUCUUCCAACAUGCACAGCUUUGUUUGGCAUGUUUUCCUAUUUGGGAGAAGAGAUUUUAUUUUGUGUGUGAGACCAGUUAUAAACUAUUUAAAAGACUGCUAGAUAACACUGAUCACAGGUGUCAAACCUGAUCGUGUCACGUCAUGUAUCAUGACAUUUUUUGCCUUUGUGGAGCCAGGAUGGGCGUGGCCUGCACAUGAUGCAUCCAGCCUGCGGGCUGCCCAUUUCACACCCCUGACAUAGAUGAUACUGAGGUUUUCAGUAGAGGUGGCAGGAAUAAUGGUUUAAAAAGUAAGACACUAACAUGAACAUAGAGAUAUAAAUUCAUGUUAAUGAUAUACUUUCAUAUUGUUAUUUCCUAGAGAGGGAUUUUAUCAGAUCAAUAGUUGAAGUAGAUUACAACCCUAUGCAUACUUAGUUGAGGAAAAAACUAAAAAUGAGAUUUAAUUCUGAUUAAAUAUGGAAGAAUUGUGAGUAGAAAUAGCCUUGUUCUCUAUAUUUAGUGCACAAAGGGUAGAAUUCACAAAUUCAACACUUAAUUGGCAAAUUAAAUGUGAUUUCCAUAAGGGUAAUUUUCACAUGAAAAUAGUAGAUAACGGAUGAUGCUACAGUGGGAAAAGACCCCAUAAUAUGGCCAAUUUUUCUAUUUAUUGUUGCGUAUUAUAUAUACUGUCAAAUGCAUAACCUUUUAAAUUGUUUUGUUGUUUUUAAGAUACAUUGUCAUUCUAACUGAUAUUAGAAUGUAAGAUUAACUGUACUAUAUAAUUAUAAAUCUAGAAAAAUGUAGGUUUGGUCAUUAUUUGUAAGCUCUCCUCAUACAUCAUUAAAACAUGGGGUAUGAAAACACAGUAAAGGCAUAGUGUUCAAAUCUUCAUUUUCAUAAAAUCCAUACAGAGAACCAUUUUAGUCUGUUUUAGUAAAAGCAAUGUUCUGUGAUGUCUUUAAGGUCAAAAAGAUUCAUUGGUGCUUAAGAUUUUGUAAACAAGAUGCAAGAAAUAUCCUGAGUUGUAACAUGAGAAUAGAAGAAAAAUAACUGACCAUAGGACGAACACUGUACACUAUGAAAAGAAGAAAAUUUGUAGAGUUGAAACAGUCACCUACUUCUGAUAGCAGCAAUUGUGAUCAUUAAUGUCUUGGGAUAGUUAGAUCUGCCAAUACUACAUGGCAUGAGUAUUACUAUAUUACACUGGAAUAUUCACUCACUGUGAUGCAGUAUAUAUUUGGAGAUAUAUGUCAAAUACAAAAGCCAAUGCAAAUAUUGUUAUAACAGAGCUGUAGCUAUAAACUGCAUGUUUCAAAUAUGUAGACAGAAGUAUAUAGUACAAAAGUGAAUUUUAAAAUUUGUCCUUUUGGCAAUCAUCUAUACGUUAAUAGCAAAGCAAGUAGUAGCAGUAAAAACAGCAAAAUCUUUUUAAUUUGAGCACGCAGUGGAAGAACUAAAGGCUUUCAUGUUUCAUAAAGUUAGGGAAUUUGUGAAAUCCUGUUCUAUGUGUUACUGCAUGAUAAGGUGGUGGUGAAGCAGUGCACACGCACAGUGUUAAGACUAAAUGCAUGAAUCCCUUGCUUGAUGCCCCACAUAAGCCAGAUUAUGGGGAAGUUGCAUCCAAUUUUUGUGUUGCCUUGUAAUGCCUUGCUGUUUAUUUAUAUAGCAUAUUUAUAUAAAAACAAGAGAAUGGACGUUUAUACAGAAAGCUUUUUCUGUGCUAAUGACAUCAAUACAAUUUCAGUAAUGCAAUUAACACCUUUAGGUGUCCAUUCUGCUUUAAGAACCAUUUCUGUAUGGAGAAAGAAAGUGUAUGUUGCACAUUGCAGUUAUGGGCUGACACAAAAGACAUCAUACAUUGCAGUCUGUUGGAUAUGUCGGCAGAGUUCUUCUCUAUGAUCUUCUCUCGAUACUGUACAAAAUGGGAUAUAGGAUUAAAAUGCAGUUUCACUUAAAAAUUGCUCUCAGAACUCUGCUUUGAAAUCUUUUAAAUAUAAAAUUUUUUCAAGGUUACAUCUGGGAAGUCUGAAUGUGAGCCCAUACUCUAAUGUGAUGAUUAUGACUUGAGUUUCCCAUAUGCCUCACUAGUCUAUUUCUUAUUUCCUAUCUCUCCUUUAAUUGGAAGAAAUGUAAAAAAGAGAAGAUAUGAUCCAAGUCAACAAGGCAUCUAAGGAAUUCCCUGGAAGAUUGUGGCUGUGCUCGACUGGACUCUGGAGGCUCUUUGAAGCAGCUGGCUCUCCCUGCAGAAGUGUACCAGUCAUUGUCUACCAGUGGCAAGCUAAGGCACUUAUGAAAGGGCUGAAGGAAAACUGUCCUUUACUGGAGAUUUAAAUUCAAGGACUUCCUCCACUCAUUUCUCUCUUUUUUUGGGGAUGUUAAUGACAAAACAAACUUUGGGAAGGAACUAUUUCGCCUAUUUUUUGUUCUAAACAAAAAUGGAGCAAACAAACCAAGCGCAAUAAGUAAACUCUUUCAAACUAUUUAAAUAGGUAAAGAAUUUCUUAAUAAUUUGAGUUCGCAUGAUGUUUUAAUAUUAAUGGCAGACUCCAGUGGCAUGAUAAUUUCUGAAAUGGUGAAUUGCAUGGCAUAAACACAGCAAAUGAGCUAGCAAGAGAGUCCCAAAUAAAACCUAUUUACCAAGAACAUGAUAGAACAAACACAGAAGAGCUGAUUCUAGGUUUUACCUAUGAAACAGGAUAAUUCCUUAAUUCUACCUAAUAUAGGUAUUCCUCUUUGUUUAUUUAUUGCUUUGGGGCAAACCUCUUUGGGGAAUAGCAAAUCAUACUACAUUGAAAUAUAUUUUUUAAAAAGGCUUUGGGGGAAGUCUUAUCAAACUCCAUUAUUACACAUUUUUAAAAUGUUUCAUUCCACAUGUGAUCUUAAGCUAUACGCGUUCUUAAAAUUUUUGCUCCUACUUAAUUUUGGGGUAGCCCUUUAUGUUUUAGAGAUUUGGGCAUAGCGCAGGGAAAUUCCACAAAUAAGAGGUAUGCUUUUUAAAUAUGUAUGCUUGAAACCAAAAAAAAAGAGAUUCAUCCAAAACCAAUAGGUGUAAAUGCGUAUGUAUACAGUGAUUUUUUCCUCUUCAAAUGCAUUAUUUGCAGUCAUGCAGAUAUUUUGUAUAUAUUGUAAGAAGCUGACAUCCUCUCAAAUUAAUCACAGAAGUGCCAAGCUUAUGUCUUUUUCAUUUUGCCAUGUUGUUUUCCUUUCUCAGUCUCAUAUUGUAUGACAGGAAAGAAGCCUAAACAAGCCUUAAGUACUUGUAAAAUACUGAGAGCUUUUAACAGGUUAAGGCUUUCCGUGUAUUGUUUUAUAAAGCCCAGUCUCCCUUUACCCUCAGGACUCCUUUCAGUUUUUAAAAGUACAUAUACAGGAUUCAUGUCUUUUUGAAUUUAUUUCUGUAGUGAUUAUUUUUCAAAGCAUAGCUUUGAAUGUUACUUCCUAUUGGGCUACAUGUGGUUACUGUCACGGAGGUUUGAAUUAGAAAAAAACGAUGAGAAUAUUGCCAUGUGCACAACCAGAUAACAUUGAAUCCUGCUUAAACAGAGAAGUGGCAUACAUGAAACAAUAAUUUAGCCUCUUCCCUUCUCCCAAGCAUCCAAGCUCUGUUAUAAUCAAGCCUUUUCAUCGCUUCUUUCAUUAGUAAAUGUGAAAAGCCGUAAUGGCAAAUUUCAGCAACUACCCAGGUGUAGUGGAAAUAAAGCUUGCUUGUAUGGAUGCUAGCCAACCGCACGUUAAUAUUAUGCCAAUAUACAAGGCAGCAUCCCACUCUGGUUUUGUUAGCGCUGCUGCUGCUGCAGUUGUGCUUAGGGGUUUUCUGUGCCCGUGUGCUGGGAUGCAGUGCCAGUGCUAAUUAAGCAGUCAUGGUCAUUAAAGCAACCAUAAAGUAACAAACACAUUGUUUAAUCCUUUAUUACCAUUGCUAUGACAUCAGAGCAGAGUAAACUCAAUCUGCAAUCAUAUCCAAAACUCCAAAUGCUUGAUCAUUCAUUGCAAUGGAAGACUGCUUUGGAAUAAGCUUUAAGUGCAUAAUGAAAAAGCAACUUACUUAAAAGCUUGUUUCCCCAGUCACAAGUAUUUGGGCAGGAGCUAUUUAUAAUUCAGUUAAUCAUAUAGAAAUCAUUUCAAUCUGUAUAUAAAUGUUUUAUUUUAAGAUAUAGUUCCCAUUGUGUAUUAGCAUUACAAAAGCAAAGCAAAGCAAAAUCUGAUGCUUUUCAAGUUAAUGUUUGAAUCUAUUUUUAGAUUUCCCUGGGUCAGUUAAUACUAUACCAAUGUGUUGGGAUGCCUUUCUUCAAGCUUUAUUGACAAUUGUGUGAAAUCACAGUGGUUUGGCAUGACAAUCAUUUUUAAUUCCAUUUGAGUUAACUCAGGGGUGGACAACUUGUGGUCCUUGGGCCAACUGUAGCACCUGUUUUUUUUUAUUUAUUUGCUUGUUUGUUUAUUUAUUUAUUUAUUCCCAUUAAGAAUUAUUAGAGAUUGUGCUAUUGAAAUUUAGUGGAAAUAAGAAAAAUUGUUCUUCAUUUUUUUAAUGGGAAAUGUAAGAAAUAAGGAGCACAAACUGUUUGCCAUACCUAAAUAAGAAAAAAUACCCUUCCGGAAACUCCAUUACUAAUGUGACUUACUGUGCUUAUAGUGCAGCCAUUAGCCACAAAAAUGUUAGGCACUUCCAUUUAGCAGGUUGCUGUCUUUACAUAAUCCUUGCAAUGUAUUGAAGCUACUGUUUUACAGUGAAUGAAAGAAGCAGUGGAAAGCCUGGAAUGCAAUUACUGAUAUUUCAGGUCAAUAAUCUCCAAAGUCAGCAGUGAAUUUUAUCUUUUCUUCCUGACCUGAAAAACACAUUGGAAUAAAUUCUAUAUGUGAUGUGCUCAAAUCAUCUUUUCCCCCCAUAUAAAAUGGUCCUAUAGAAUAUUUUAUGUAAUGCCACUUUGUGUUUAAGUAUAUUGGAGAUUAAAAUAAAUAGGUGCUAGGUUUGGGUUUUGUUUUGGGAGAAGUGGUAACCACAUAGAUGGUGCCAUUCAAUAUGGCUACAAAGGUUAGUCUGUUGUAUUAAGUAAAAUCUUUAUGUAAUUCACAAAACAUUGUAAUGUGCGAUGUGAUUUUUUUUUUAAAAUCAGACCACACUGGUCCCCAAUUAUGUACAUACGAUAAAGCGUUGGGGUAACUUUUUGUUACACUAACAAUUUCAUAAGAAAUAUAAUUUCUUUUCUAAAUUUCUCCUCUGCUGUUCGGUUCUGUAUAGAUACAUUUAAAUACACAGAUUAUGUAUAGACUAUAAAUGACCAUACAAAUGCAAAGCUCACAGAAAUAAAUUGUCAUGUUUUCAGUGGACCUAGCCUUACAUCAUCAAACCUGCUAAGGUCUAUACUUAUUUUAUAAUCAUUCAUUUACAAUAUUUUGUAAAGAACACAUGCAACUUAGGUUUUUUUUAAAACACGAUAUCAUUGUAAUGGUCUUCAACACAAUAAAAAAAUCAUUUCAGUCACUAUAUUUUUGUUUCAUUGAUAGGAUUCAACUUGACAGGAAAUGUAUGGAAAUUUUAUAUUGCUUAUAUUGAUAUGCUGCAUGAUCCCAUUGAAUUCAACCAAUUCUCAGAGAGGAAAGCUCCACUACGCAAAUUAACAAGAAUAUAUUCUAGGUGCAUGUUAAAAUAAAUUACAUAGAACUGGAGUUAUACAAGAUUUUCUUUACUAUGCAAUGAUAGGUAUUGCACAAACUUAAAAUUCAAAGACAAAUGUCUGAGGAACUUUACAAAAUACUUGAAUUAUUUUUGAUCUAAAAAGCUAUCAGUCAUUUUCUAUUCAUUGUUGCUUACGUUAUCAAUAUUCAUCUAAAAUAGUAAUUAUUUUUAAGGUGCACAAUUUAACAAACUUAUUUUGUCUGAAGCUAAUAUUCAUAUCUUGUUGGCUGCAGAUGAAUGGGAAUUCAGUUAUUGUUUUGCAUCUUAGUAAAGUAGUAUUAAAGACAUCAUAAACAUGGAAA